CCAACAAUUCUCCCUGACCCUGGCAAAUUUGCCACAUGGCACCUUCCAGAGGACACUCUGAGGUGGUGGCAGCAGCUAGUUCCUCCUCAUUGACUCCCAGAGAUCCCCACCAUCAUCCAUUAGCCCUACAGAAGGGAAUCGAUGCCACGGUCAAGGAACACUGGGGACCCAGGUUCCCUAUGCGAAGACGUGAUCCCCAAUGUUAGGCCCAGGAGGUGCAACCCGCGACCCCGGAACACCAGCAGGAUGGUGAUGGACCCCUCACCAAGCAGGAAUGACAGCUUCCCGUUGCCCACCCGCAUCAACGCCCCGGCCAUCAGCCUGACUCAGUUCCUGCUGGGAUAUCUGUCCUGGAUCGCCUGCCUGGCCUACUUCCUGAGGACCCAGGCGCAGCAGGUCCUCUUCAACACCUGCCGGUGCAGGCUGCUGUUCCAGAAGCUCAUGGAGAAGACGGGCGUGCUGGUCCUCUGCGUUUUCGGAUUCUGGAUGUUUUCUAUGCAUUUACCAUCAAAAAUGGAAGUCUGGCAGGAUGACAGCAUAAAUAGUCCGUUGCAGAGUUUGAGGAUGUACCAGGAGAAGGUGCGACAUCACACUGGGGAAAUCCAGGACCUCCGAGGCAGCAUGAACCAGCUCAUUGCCAGACUCCAAGAGAUGGAGGCCAUGUCAGACGAGCAAAGAAUGACCCAGAAAAUAAUGAAGAUGAUACAAGGCGAUUACAUUGAAAAGCCGGACUUUGCCCUUAAGUCUAUAGGGGCCAGCAUAGACUUCGAGCACACCUCAGCCACCUACAACUACGAAAAGGCUCGCUCCUGCUGGAACUGGAUCCGGCUGUGGAACUACGCGCAGCCUCCAGACGUGAUUCUCGAGCCCAACAUGACACCUGGCAACUGCUGGGCCUUCUCAGGUGACCGUGGCCAGGUGACCAUCCGGCUGGCCCAGAAGGUCUACCUGUUCAACAUCACCUUGCAGCACAUCCCCAAAUCCAUCUCGCUGUCCGGCAGCGUGGACACGGCCCCCAAGGACUUCGUCAUCUACGGCAUGGAGAGCUCCCCCAGGGAGGAGGUGUUCCUGGGAGCCUUCCAGUUCCAGCCAGAAAACACCAUCCAGAUGUUCGACCUCCAGGUACCUGAGCAAAGCCCUGCGAUGGGGAUCGCCAGGGGCCACACAUCAUCCCCUUGCGUCCCCGUGAGGUGCUCAGCCACUACUGACCCACUGGACAGAACCAUCCACCUCGAGCUUUUGGUGCUGUCAAGGUGAAGAUCUCAAGCAACUGGGGGAACCCUCGCUUCACCUGCCUGUACCGAGUGCGCGUGCAUGGCUCUGUGACCCUGCCCAAAGAGACUCCUAACUAGGACUCCUGCCCUGAGAGAGAGUAAAGUUUAUUCUGUAGCCCGCGCCCCAGUCUGCAUGUCUUUGGGCCCUGAAGAGGGAGAGGGGCCCAGCACUUGAGGUCUGAGGCCAUGGUGUGCAAUUCCUGAUCCGCGCUGGACGCCCGCACGUUACAACAUCCCCGGCAGGACACAGAAGCCUCUGAGCAGCCAAGUGACUGGUGGAGGUCUCUGCCAGCAAGUGGUAGCACCUGGAUCCAAACCCAGGCAGUCUGGUUCUCUGUCUCUGGUUUCAAAUUGAUCCCACCCCUGGUCUCCCCAUCUCUGCAACAAAGACAGGAUGACAUCUGUUAAGUAAGGUGGCAGAGGAGAGUGUUUCAACAUCC